UCGGUCGUCGCGACGUGCGGGGCUUUCAGCCUUGCUACGCAAAAGGAAUAAGCUCCUGCCGCUUCGUCUGUACAUCAGCAGUAGUAGCAGCCAUCUUCUCGCGCUGACCGGACGGGUGCACGUGGGACAGGAGUUGUCACCGUCUGUCAUCGCUGCUGAAGGGGACACACCUCCCGGCUGACCAAUCACAAUGGGCCAGUGUUGCGGAAAAGAAGCGCCACGCGGCGGCCAGAUGUCUUCUGGCAACCACUCAUUCCAGCAGACGGUGACUCGCGUAGAUGGGGGCGUGGUGACCACCACCACCACUAGGACUCAGCGCAUCGUGCAGGUGUCCGAGACAUCGUCGGGUUACCCGAGCGACAUCUUCGAGACGGGCCAAGUGAAAAGGACCGUGGUGACGCGCACGAUCAAAAAGAACGCGGACGGCACUGAGGAGGUGAUCGAGGACAUUGUCUCCGACGACGGCGGCCCUCAAGUUCACGAAAAGUCUAAGAAAGGUAUCUUCGGUUUCCUGAGCGGCAAGAAGGACAAGAGCAGGACAACUGUCGAAGAGACUCCAAAAGAUCGACAGGCGGUGGUCAAGCCCAUCGGCGAACGGAAGGCACCAGCCAAGCCCCUCAGUGAUAAGGAAUUCCGCCAAGACUGCCUUAAGUGGCAUAAUCAUUACAGGGCCAUCCAUGGUGUCUCGCCGCUCAAACACAGUGAUGAGCUUUGCCGGUUCGCCCAAGAAUGGGCUGAUACAUUAGCCAAGAAGGACACAUUUUGCCACCGACCGAACAACAAGUAUGGCGAGAACAUUUACAUGGCCUGGUCAUCAGACCCCACCAAGGAGGUGACAGGACAAGAAGCUGUCGAUUCAUGGUACAGUGAGAUCAAGCAGCACCAGUUUGGCUGCGAGCCACGCAGCCUCGGUUCCGGUCAUUUCACGCAAGUCAUCUGGAAGGCCAGCACGGAGCUGGGCUCGGCCCGUGCACGUACGGCUACCGGCAAGCUGAUUGUUGUGGCUAACUACAACCCUGCUGGAAAUCUCAUCGGCUCCUUUGCCCAGAAUGUGCCACCACCCAAGAAGUGAGCGUGGCACCAUUGCUGAUGAAACAUGGCAUGUGGUAGCUUUGUGAAAACUGUAUAUAUAUACAAGCUUUUUACUGGCGAUGUUGGCUAUUGGAAAGCCUCUGCAUUUCCUAGUUCAGAAGUUUGUUUUACCAAAAAAUGCUUCUUGCACAGUAUUACCUUCAUAAUUAGGAAGAGCCUUCUUCGUCAACGCACUAUUAGCAUUGAGCACAAUUGCUCAUGGCUGUUGUGGCUACUCAACAUUUUUGUCCAAGAAUGAAGAGAAAGAGCAUAAGCGCUGGAGAAGACCAUGCAAACAUACAUUUACAACAACAUAUGAUAUCGCCUGCUGAUGUAGCUAGGGCUGCUGAAGCAGUGAAAGACACGUCUUUAGGGCACAAAGAUUGACCACAGUUUGUCCAAGCUAGUGUGAAAGUCGCUUAAAUGAAGGGAACAAAGUGGGCCACGCCUGUGGCAGCAGAUGUAAGUAGGCACUGAUAUGUUGUAAAGUAAAAGUAACUCGGGCAUUUAUCUUCAGCCACAGAUUUCUAAACUAGGUACUAUUUCAAACAUGUAUAUUUUGUGAAAUGUAUCGUUCACUUGUUCUAGCACAUGUAAGCUCUUGAAAAGCUUUUCAUAUGUGAAUUUAGGCACUAUUCACAUUUGAAAUGUUACCUCUGCCCAAGAGACAGCAUAUACCUUGCAAAGAAAGAAUGCAGAGAGAGGUAUAUGAGACUGGAGCCUAUGAGAUAUCGUUUUACUGCUUUAUUUUAUUCCACUAAGUAAUAUACACAAAACUGGAAGUUAAUGAGAAGUGAUUACUACAAAGGGCUCCAGAGCAUUUUUCAUUUUUAGGUACAAAUUCUGCACCAUGCUUCCAAAACGUUACGGCUUCCUCCUGAAUGUGUCAGGCUAUUCCAGUUUCCUGUGCUCUUUCUGAAACCAAAUGCGUUUGUGCCAAAUAUAGCAUUUUAGGAAUUUAAGUACUGACAUUGAAUACAACUAAGCAAGGAAUCGUGACCAGUAUUACAGCAUAUUGUAACAUAGCUUCAUUAAAAUCCUAGAAAACACUAUUGCCAGUGAAUGAAGGCAUACCGACAGUUUUUCUUGAACAUUCCUAUGUGUUGGCAUCACUGUUUCAUGUGAGUAAAUAGCUACAUGCAAAUUGUAAUUGACUGAGCACAGUUCUUUCAGUAAUGUGAUCUCUGUUUAUGAACAGUGCAAAAAGCAGGGAAAAUGCAGUGUGUAGUCUCUUAUGACACGCACAAUGUAGCUGUAAUUUAAAUUUCAAUAAUGCCACAAAAAUUCCUCAGAAAAUCUGGCCGCCCAGCCUCUCUGGUAAUGAGUUCCCUGACAUGUUUGCCAUUGUCUAACAAAGAAACAAGCCCCCCAAACAAUUCCCAUUGUUGAACACAAUUUGGAAAAAUGGUUUACUUAUUCAUAUUUGUUGGUAUUAUGUGACUAAUGUCAUGGGAUGCAAAUGUCGGCGUUUAUAAAUGCAUCCCUCCUAAUUGCUGCUUAAUGCUCACAUUUCCUAUGGCACUAACAUGGUUACACCUAUUUUAGCCGCUCAGCAUGUUUGACAAAAUUAGAGUUUACGGAGUCUGUCGUAAAAGCCACAAAAUUGUCAAAACACCCUCUUUGUUCGAGAUGAAGUCAGUGGUUCCUGCUAAGGAGUUAUUGGUGAACUAGUUGACUGGUCGUAAUCACUUCAACGGCAGCACACUUGUUGAGAAAUAGACAAAUACUAAUUAACAUAAAGGCUCUGAUAUGUUUCGCCAUUGUUAUUGCUUUCAUACCAAAUACAGGGCCCCUAUAAAAAAGCUUUGCAUAGCUAUCCAUGUACUUCAAGCUUCUGCAUGUGAAAGGUGGGCUUUCCUUUACGCUCAUGAUAAACACUGCUGAAGUACUACAGGGCAUUUAAAAUCCAUUAAGAUAAAGAGGUGAGAUAUUUGUGGGCUAGCUGCCUCAUAACCACAUGAUCGUUGUAUAUUCCUGACUAAAGUGAUUGCAAGUAUAUCUUGCUUGCUUGUAGUACGCAACAUUCCUUGCUUAAGCAUGCACUAUGCCCAAUGUACAAUAUUAUGGCUUGCAUUUGUGCCUUGGGUCAAAGACCAAAGAGUGAUGUAUUGUUUUUUUCAUGUUUAUUGAACAAUAAAGUUGUUUUGUUGCGUC